UCAAUUCGAUUUUAUGUGUCAACUUCUGUUUUUGUGUUUUGCACAGAUAAUUUUUUAAACAAUCAAAAAGUAGGUGGAUAAUGAAUUGUACAUAGGAAAUUUGUUGGAAAGGGAUGAGAAAUAAAGCCAACUUGAUGAAAAUUUUAGAUAAUUCUGUUGUCGACGAAUAAUUAUUGCAGAGUCACCAGACACUGAUAAAAAAAAGACAUGAAGAAUGAAGAAGAAGAGUACGACCUAUAUGCAUUUGCUGUUAAGCUCAGGCAAGAGAAUUUAUUGAUAAAAUGUGAGAAAUUAGAUAUUCAGAAGUUGAACGAGGAUGUCAGAGCUAAAACACACACCGUGAUCAAAGCAUCAUGGUUAACCAACAAACAGAAGCUUUUCCUAUUCGAAAGUGACCAGAAAUUCGAUUUUAUUCACAAUUCGGAGUUUGUCGAUGCUAAAUCUACCCUGGGAUUUUCAAAUGCUGUAAAAAUGUCGAAUCUCUUACAUACGCUAAGAUCUCAGCCUAAGCAGCUGGCUAAAUCGCUUGUUGCAGGUGAAAGUUUAGCUGAAGAUAGUUUACAAUACUCGUUACUGUUACAAAGUAUUUUAAAUGGACUGUAUAGUGGGUGUUUGUUUGCUGACGACACAAAACUACUGCUCUCUUUGCUGUUGGAAUUGGCUAAACAGCAACUCGUUAAAAGUGAUAACCCAAGAAGGUUAAUUCAACAAAAAACAUGUUCGUUCAGGCGUUUGUAUUUUAUGUUUCACGAAAUCUACCAGCCGGCUAAAUUUUUCUUAAACGCGGCCCUGGAGAUGCCCAUUUUGGAACUGGUAUCUUUUGCCGAUCAUUAUCUAGAUGUUGAUCAUGAUCAAACAAUGGGGAGGUUUAGAGAGGGUGUAAAUAUGGAAUCUUACAAAGAUGCCGUUCAAUACAGGAACGAGGUAGCUCUGAAGCUUGCAAACUACACAAAUACUUUUGUAAGGUCUUUACUAGAGAAUGUAUAUAGUUUUCCCAAAGCUUUGGCAUGGUUAGUCUGUCAUAUAUACCAAAUGAUCGAAAAGAAUUUCUGUACAAAAGAGGCCAACGCGAUUAUUUCAGACUUAAUUUUUACCUUUUUCCUGUGCCCAGUGAUUGUAAAACCCGAAGAAUACGGAAUGAUCAACUCGAAACUAACCGAAAUCACCAGACAUAACCUUACUCAAGUGGUGAAACUUCUACAAAUUCUAGCUUUGUACAAGUUCGAAGGAAUCGACCCGAAACACGCUGAUAUAUUCGCCACAGUCGAUAAAGAAGGAAUUUCGAAUUUUAUCGAAAUAAUUUUGACAGAUAUGGAUUGCCUGGAAGCUCCGGUAGAUGUCAGUCCGAAAAUUUCGAGGGAUAUCAUGUUAUUUACUGAGGAAGAACUAAAUAAUUGGGUGUGUUUCCUUCAAAAAGUUCAAUCAAAAAGUAAUGCCAGCUUGAGUGAAUCCGUUGAAGAGUAUCUGUCUUCUUUAACCAUUCUUUCUUCAACCGAUAAUUCACCGAAAACGCACAGGACUAAUAGUGAUGGUAAAAAAGCGUUUUUUUCGUUGUCUUCGAAAAAUCAUCAUUCUAGAAGGUUGUCAGAGGAUGAUAAAAAGAUCGAUACAACUACGGUGAUUAUAUUUCCGAUCGACGGUGUUAUUUUUGAACCGAUCGGCUUGUUACCUGAAGAAAAAGUUAUAGAUUUGAGUGUCCCAAUUAAAAAUGACAGUGGAGUUUUUGAUGGACCGGAAAAUCCCAAAGAAAAUCCAUCUCUGAAAGCGAAUUUUGGGUUUAUCGAUGAAAGUUCCGAUAAUUUAGAAGCAAUUUCCGAGGCAGCCAGCAACCAUUCAGUCGCCAGUAGUCUAGAGCUGGAAAACGAAGAAGACGACCAAAACGAUAACCUCUCCGACAUGGUAUCAGCAAACGUUUCAGGCCGUGGAACACCAAAUAUCAGUGGAAGAGACACACCAAGCAGUCAAGUAAAUGAAAACGAAGAACGAGUCAAUGCAGAAAACAGACAGGAAAAUGUUACUAAUCAGCCGAAUCAACAAAAUAUUUCUAGGCAGAUCAGAUCGGAGAUUGACGAUAAAUUUUGCAAGUUCGAGAUCAAGAAGCUGAUAGAGGGAGAUGAGACGAUUUCGAUCAUUUCGGAGACUUGGAGUACAGAUGUUUUGAGUUCGGAUACGGAGACGGUGGAUGCGAAUGAAUCCAGGGCUGAGAGGCAUCAUUUGCAUCUGGUGGAUCAGGCUAUAAGAGAAGUACCACUGGCCGAAAACGUCCUGGACAUCUCCGAAACCCAAAGUGAAGGAGCCUGGUCCACCGAUGUUGCCGCCUCGGACACCGAGCGCCUCAUAGAGGACAACGACGACGCAGCCAGCGUCGCGCAGUCGGACGACACGAACAGCGUCGCCCGUUCCGACGACACCCGAUCGGAAACCGACGAAGCGGCAAGCGCGCGCAGGCUCAGUUCCUGUUCCAGCACGUUCGGCGCAGCUGGAGGCGGAGGCAGCGGCGUUGGGGCGGGACAAAGCUACGUUGCCAAUGUGGCGGUUAACACCACCAGUUACGUAGCUGUCAGUCUCAAUAGUCCAAGUUAUGGCAUAAGCACAGCCCACUACAAAUCACCAGAAACGAAUUUUGUCUCUGUCAACCACAACUACGUCACCUUUCAAGAGUUCAAACGACCCGACAAUCGCCCGAAUGGUAAAAUUUGUACAGAAACCGAUAAUAACGCCAACACAGUUUACAAAACCACCACCAGAGGUCUUUUUGGUUCUAAAAUGACCCUAACCUCGAAAACAAAUGACGGAAGUGGUCCGGGACCAAGUGGUUUGAGUCCCAAGACGAAUCAUCGGGAUACAGACGGGGAUUCUCAUUAUUCUAAAACUCAGAAUAAUAUUGGAAAGAAGUAUGGUGAUAGACCCACUGAAAUUUUGCUGAGUAAUUGCAGCCUGAACUCUAGUUCUAGUGGGAGUUCCAGCAACAGCUUCGAAAAUAAGGCUUCAGCCACGGAAAAUUCCGACCAAUGGGACACCAAGCCUUGGCUCAAUAGUUCUGGCAGUUCCCUCAACGUAACACUAACUCCUUCAGAAAGUACCAGCGAACUAUCUUCGGUUUUGAGUGUAAAUAACCUAGGGCAUCCUGCGGGGGCGAUUAAGAAGAGCAGUACUGUAACGGCGAGGACUUUGAAGCCUUCUGCGUCGACCGGGGCUAUACCGAAGAGUAUUAGCUUCGAUAUGAGCGUGGACAAAGGGUUGGACGAUGAAUCUCGUACGAAGAGGGGAGGGUUCUUCGGGAAAUUGAAGAACGGGUUUAGGUACAAAAAGAGGUCGUUCCGAAACCAGGACGACCUAAGAGGCACGGAAGAAGAUCUGACAGGCGCACUAGCUAAACGGGGUAGUAUAGACUGUUCCGAUGACAUUUUGGCCAAAUACAGACCAAAAGGCUUCGCAGAAAGCAGCCCCAUUAAAGAGAACGGCACCAUGAAGAAACCGGCUAAGAAUCCCACUUCUGAAAACCUGGAUAGCGAAGCUAAUAGUCUGGGCGAUAUAAAAAAGAAGCUACGAUUGGUUUUAGCGAACUUAGCCGAAAUUCCCCUGUAUAUUAAGCGCAAUCCACGAAGUAUUAAGGCAAAACUGGAGACGAUUUUGAGGUUAGAACUGGGUAAAGCGAGAAAGUUGCGCGACUGGUCGCAGGUGGCGCGCGUGUCCGAAGCGGUGCGAUGCGUCAACCUCCUGGAUGACGUCAGCUGUCUCAAGUUGCUGCAGAGCAUGCGCGACGAUGUCCUGCUUCGUUCCACCUACAUUCAGUAUUUAAUUGUGUCCAAACAGGAGCUGCUCUUCUGUGAAAUGUACCUGAACACGCUUCACGAACAAAUCUUGAACGAGAAGCGCCAAUGCGAGACUUUUUUUGCCACAGAUUGCGUGCAAAAAUUCGUCGAAGAACAAGAACAAAUCAUAACCGUCUUCUGCGAAGAAUUCCGUCAACUAAGCUUAGCAGACGAAAAAUUCGACUCACUACAAACCUUUUACAAACGCUUAUAUGCAUUGGCACACGAACGACGCCACUGGCAACACGUCUUACAAAAACGAGGCGCUUUGAUCAAAUCGGUCCUGGAAAGAAACAUCAUGGGCAGAGUAUACUCAAACGCUCUCUAUCCCAACGGAGACGGCGAUAGAGACAGGGAUAGAGUGCUUAGAGAGCAUAUUAGCAACCUUUCCAGAAUCAUAACGCCCGACCACAAAGAUCUGCUCAUUCCCAAGACGUACCUGAGAGAAAGUCCGUGGUUGCCGGCUCAGGAAGCUCUCAGAGCCUUGGAUAUUGCCCGAACACCGAAAGACAAGUUGCAGUGCGUUCUGAGGUGUGCCAGGUGCAUCAUGGACCUUCUCACUCUCUCUCAGAACAGAGGAUCGGCAACAGCGGAUGAUUUUACGCCUGUUCUAGUCUACGUUAUCAUCCAGGUCAACCCCGGAGCCUUGUUAUCCACUAUCCAGUUUGUGAACAGUUUCCAGGGACAGAUUUUAGGGGAGGAGGAAUAUUGGUGGACGCAGUUUUGCUCAGCGGUCGAGUACAUCAAGACCAUGGAUUACACGGACUGAUUUCGGGGGAUUUACCCGGAUCGUUCGAGGCCGCAACGGAUGGUUUUACGCCUGUGCUAGUCCGGUGUCAUCCAUGGAUUACGCGCCGAUCAUGGAUUACACGUGGCCAUGGAUUACUCGUGACUAUGGAUUGCACGUAACCGUGGAUGGAUUACAUGGACUGACGGAGGAAUACCCUGGGUCUUUCGAGGCCGCCCUGUUUUAUGUUUCUAUUCACUCGUUAGUUUUAGAGAGCCUUUAUAUAAUUAUAUUUUAA